AUGACUUCUGGAACUGUUAGUGGAGCCAACUUCGAAAAUGCUAGUCCUCAAGCUAUGAAGAAGAAUCAGAACCGUGGAUUGAUUGAGGAAUCUUUCAACCGUGUGACAGAUAAAUUGGCCCCUAUCACCAAGAAGAUGUAUGAUAACCAGAGUCCUCUUAUGCCCGUUUUCAACUUCAUCGAGAAGAUCAGCGGAACCAAGAGAGAAAACGUUAUCUACUCUGCUUGUCUCUUUUUCACCCUUUAUGCAUUUUCUGGACAGUUCAUUCAACUAUUCUCAAACAUCGCUGGCUUUGUGUAUCCAAUGUAUAUUUCUCUCCAAGUUGCUCGUUCAUUGGAUAGAAAGGAUGAAGCUAAGCAAUGGCUUGUCUAUUGGAUGAUUUAUGCUCUUUUCUCAAUUACUGACUUAACUUUCGCUACUAGCCUACCAUUCUACUACUUACUCAAGGUCUCUCUUCUCAUGUAUCUUUAUCUUCCAACCUUCAAUGGAGCUAACGUCGUUUUCCAGAAGUUCAUUGAACCCAUUGCCAGAAUCACUGAGGACAUGGUCAAGGGAAAAGCUAAAGAUCAUUGA